AUGCCAGUGCAGGCGGCCCAAUGGACAGAGUUCCUCUCCUGCCCCAUCUGCUACAACGAGUUUGACAGCAACGGCCACAAGCCCAUCAGUCUGGGCUGCUCACACACCGUGUGUAAGACCUGUCUGCACAAGCUGCACCGCAAGGCCUGCCCCUUCGACCAGACUGCCAUCAGCACUGACAUCGACCUCCUGCCAGUCAACUGUGCCCUGCUACAGCUGGUGGGAGCUCAGGUGGGUACAGCACGUCUUGUUGUUGUUUUUGUUGUUAUUGUUGUUGUGGUUCUUCUUCUUCUGAUGACGAUGAUGACGAUAAUGAUAAUGAUGAUUGUGAUGAUAAUGAUAAUGAUGAUUGUGAUGAUAAUGAUGAUUGUAAUGAUAAUGAUGAUUGGGGUGAUGAUGAUGAUUGGGAUGAUUGGGGUGAUAAUGAUGAUGAUGAUUGGGAUGAUUGGGGUGAUAAUGAUGAUGAUGAUUGGGAUGAUUGGGGUGAUAAUGAUGAUGAUGAUUUGGAUUAUUGGGGUGAUAAUGAUGGUGAUGAUUGGGGUGAUAAUGAUGAUAAUGAUAAUGAUGAUGAUGAUUGUGAUGAUAAUGUUGAUGAUGUUGUGUGUUCCCAGGCUGUGGAGUCCCAGCCUGUGUCUCUGAGCAGUGCUGUGGAGGUAGAUCACUAUGAGGUGUGCAGGGUGUGUGUGGAGGAGCUGGCUCUCUACCUCAAACCCAUCAGUGGAGGAAAAGGUACCAGAACACCGAAAUGUGGUGAUAAAUGCAUCUGUAUGUGUGUGUGUGUGCAUGUGCGUGUCUGUGUCCGUGUGUGUGUUUCCAGACAAAGAGGUGCUCUCUACUGGUGACCCUGUGUUCAGCACAGUGGGUUUCUUCCUUCUGAGGGGACACUGAGCUCAGAGCAGUGUACGUGUGUGUGUGUGUGUGUGUAUGAGUGUGUGUAGUUGAUGUUUAGGUUAGAGGAACACAGCAUUUCCUGUUAUUGUCAGGGUCUGAGCUUACUGUGGUGGGAACAUUUGCAUCAGAGCAUGUAGGAGCAGCUAGACCCAGGAAACCCAUGCACUCUGUAAGGCCAGACGGAACAUGGGUCCCCCACACCAACACAAAGCCUGAAACCCCACAUUACAUCAACAGGAAAUGUAAUGAGCUGUGUCGAAAGUAGUUUGAGUUGAAUUAGUUUCAUUUAAAGGAAUCAUUUAAUUAGAUGACAAGAUUAGAUUAGACAACAAAAAAGUAAAUUGACAAAAUGUAAAGAAGUGAAACUAACAAUAUGACUUUGCCCUGCAUGUAAUUUCAUAUUGCAUAUUUUAUUAUACCUCAUUCUCAGAUAAACAGUAUAUUGUAGAGUAUAUUAUCUGUAGCAAUUAUUGCAGGGUGGAGGAUGGAAAAUCCUUCUCCCAGGACCUAUAAAACGCUGGGUGUGUGACGGGCGGUAGACCUUGAGCCCAGUCCUGUUUUCCCAUCAAUGCUUUUAAAAGUCAAUAUCGGAGGGGAAUUGCUCUGUUUAUUGGGUGUAAUUCACCUGGAAAGCUGAGAGUGCAGUUAAAUUCCUCGGCAGCUCUGUCAACUGUUUUUGUGAUGAUCACAGAAUUGGAGAGGAGACAGUGGUCAUCCAUCCCUGGUCUUUUAUAGACUCACUGUAAUAAAGGGUUUUAAGACACUUUUGUUACCACUUUGUCCUGCUAUGGGACAUUUAUUAGAGGAAGAGAGGGUUUUUUCUAUUGCGGCAGCACUAACAAACUACAUAAAUACAGUUUCUCCAUCCCCAUAAAGACUUGUUUUAGACUAGGAUUAAACUUUAGCUCUGGUAAACAAUGACAGAGUGUGGGAAAAUCUAUCUGUAGUAGUAUGUCAGUGUGUGUGAGUGUGUGUCUGUGUCUGUGUGUCUGUUCAUGUGUCUGUGCGAUCGUCCGUUUUUGUGUGUAUUUCAGUAUUUAUGUUUCUGGCGCCGUCUUCUGACGUUUGACCCCUUCCUCUCCUUCAUCCAGGUGUGGUGACCCUCAGUCCGAGCAUGCUCAGUCGGCCCAUGCAGAGGAAGCUAGUGACGCUCGUCAACUGUCAGCUGGUGGAGGAGGAGGGGCGGGUGCGGGCGGUGCGGGCGGGCAGGUCGCUAGGGGAACGUACCGUUACAGAGCUCAUCCUGCAGCACCAGAACCCACAGCAGCUCUCUGCUAACCUGUGGGCUGCAGUCAGGGCACGGGGAUGCCAGUUCCUGGGGCCUGGUGAGUGGAUGAUACACCUUUCAGUCAUAUGACAAACUGGGGUGAUAGGAUAAUACACCUGUCAAUCACAUGAUGCUUCAGCAUGCUUUUCUCUCCAUGCUCUAUCCUCCCUCUCUACUAUGUUCUAUGAUGCUGCAGCACUAUGGUGUCUUAUAAUGAUUACUUAUAGGGCAGAUCCUGAGUGAGGGAACUCUGUUUCUCACACCUGAUCUGAGUUUUGGGUUUCCAGUCUGAGGACACCAGUAGAACACAGUAUCAUUUCCUACAGUGUCAUAGGAUUCCCUCUUGCUGUAAAAUAAAUGGUGAAGUGUCAGAUAUGUACUUAUAUGUAUUAUGUAUUCUUUUAUUUUUUUUGGUACCUUUAUUUUAUCAGGUUAGUCUCAUUGAGAUUAACAAUCUCUUUUACAAGAGAGACCUGGCCAAAAUAGCAGCACACAAAGUUUCAGACACAUUUACAACAUAAAACACAAAGCAUAAUAAUACAUAAAUAAAGCAUAGUGAUAUCAAUAAUACAGCAUAGUAAUAUCAGAUACUAUGUAGUAUGUACUAGUACUUAAAUAAUUACUUAAUCCUCUUCAUCCCCAUUGGAACAUAAGGCCACUGAUAUGUACUAGUAGUACUUCAUUAGUACUAUGCAGUAUGUAAUAGUAGUACUUCAUAAGUACUAUGCAGUAUGUAGCUACAUGACGACAGUUGCGUGUGUCGUUUGAAACAGCCACGCAGGAGGACGCUCUGAAGCUGGUGUUGUUGGCUCUAGAGGACGGCUUAGCUCUGUCCAGGAAAGUUCUGGUGCUGUUUGUGGUCCAGAAGCUGGAGGCUCGGUUCCCUCAGGCCUCCAAGACCUCCAUAGGACAUGUGGUCCAGCUACUCUACAGGGCCUCCUGCUUUAAGGUAAGACCUAUUCUACUGUAUUGGUAUAUUAUAUUGUAUAUAGUAUGCGCUGACAUGCACUUAUGAUGCACAUAGGCAUGCAAAUACACACACACGCAUACACAUGCAUGCACACACACACAAGUCACUGACAUCGAUAACAGUCUCCAUAUCGUUGUAGCGUACAGGCUGUCUUGCUUUAAUAUAGGGGUGAUAGAAAGUACUCUGAUUCAGCGGUUUUAUCAUAGUGCUAAAAAAUCUUUAUCUUACAAAAGUGCUACAGACAUCAAUAGGCACCAUGCUGUACGGUACCACCAGUCACAUUUGAUCAAUGAAGCACUUUGAAGAAGAGCCACCUUCUGCCUCUGCCACUCAUCAUGCCCAGCAGUGGAGAAAGCUUCUGAGUGUCACUUACCAUGAGUUCCUGAAUCUCUCUGGGAGAUUUCAAAUUCACAUCUUUAGUUUAGAUUUAUAUUGCCAAUUAUGACAAAUUAGCUGCCAAUGGAAACAUGUUCCACGUGAAAUGACUCAAAAUGGUCCUCUCUCUGCAUGAAUCCAAGAUGGCAUAGCAGUGCGGUCGUGUACUCUGUGUGUGUCCGUGUAAAUAGCCUGUUUGUAUUUUUUGUGUAUUUUUCGUACAUAUGGCCCUAUCACACUUUUCACCCUUCUACUAAAUAUACUUUCCUGCAACCCGCCUCACUCAAUGUGUAACGGAUUCUAUUAUUGACUUACCUUUUAUCUAGAAUCUCCAGUUGAAACUAGCUAGCCAGCUAACUAGCUACUUGCUAUUAGCCACCGUUAGCGUUUUUCACCCAGAACAUCGGAUUAUCUGUGGGAAUAACUGAAUCAUUGGACAUUAACACCGGAUCACAACUAGCUAGCCGCAACCGAAUGGAUGUUGCUGUUGGCUAAUCACUACUGCCCCCGAAGCAAGCACCAGUUAGCCUUGAGCUAGCCUCGAGCCAGGCCCAUCUACUGGCUAUCUACCUCUCUGUCAACCGGACGGGACCUCCUAGAGUCGACACGGAGCCCCGCCGAUCCAUCACGACUGGUCUGCCGACGUAAUCGUCUGUGGUUUCAACAGGCUUCCCAUUGCGACGACCACGAAGAUCCAUCUGCUAGCCCCGGCCCGCUAGCACACGCAAACAACAGCCGUGCUUCCUGCUAGCCUGUGCUGUAGCACCAAUUCGAACUGCUCUCGGACUCACAUAUUGCUGUUCACUGGACCUUAUGAUCACUCAGCUGCACAGCUGAUGCCUGCUGGACUGUUCCUUUACACGUUACCCUGUCCUGUUUAUCUGUUUAGCCUCAGCCCAAACUUUCAUCGCCAUUACCAGUUGUUGUCUUAGCUCUCUCGAAUAACACCUGUGAUUGCUUUAUGCCUCUCUCCCAUGUCAAUAUGCCUUGCCUAUUGCUGUUCCAGUUAGUUCUUAUUAUAGAAUUUCACUGUAGAGCCCCAAGUCCCUCUCAAACUGCCUCAAAUAGUUCCUUUGUUCCACCCCCCAUACACACGGAGACCGGCUCAAUCGGUGCCUCCAGUGAUGCUAUCUCUUUCAUUGUUACCCAACUCUUAGGUUUACCUCCACUGUACUCAUAUCCUUCCAUAUCCUUGUCUGUACAUAAUGCCCUGAAUCUAUUCUACAACGCCAGGAAAUCUGCCCCCUUAAUUCUCUCUACCCAACGCACUAGAAGACCAGUUCUUAAAGCCUUUAGCCGUAUCCUUAUUCUAGUCCUCCUCUGUUCCUCUGGUGAUGUAGAGGUUAACCCAGGCCCUGCAGCCCCCAGUAUCACUCCUACUCCCCAGGAGCUAUCAUUUGUUGACUUCUGUAACCGUAAAAGCAUUGUUUUUUUGCAUGUUAACAUCAGAAGCCUCCUCCCUAAGUUUGAGUUAUUCACUGCGUUAGUACACUCCGCCAACCCUGAUGUUCUAGCAGUGUCUGAAUCCUGGCUUAGGAAGGCCACCAAAAAUUCAGAAAUGUCCAUCCCCAACUACAACAUUUUCCGUCUAGAUAGAACUGCAAAAGGGGGUGGAGUUGCAAUCUACUGUAGGUCUAUCAUACUAUCCAGGUCUGUGCCCAAACAGUUUGAGCUCCUACUUCUAAAAAUCCACCUUUCCAGAAAUAAGUCUCUCACUGUUGCCGCUUGCUACAGACCCCCCUCAGCCCCCAGCUGUGCCCUGGACACCAUAUGUGAAUUGCUUGCCCCCGUCUAUCCUCAGAGUUCGUACUGCUUGGUGACCUAAACUGGGAUAUGCUUAACACCCCGGCCAUCCUAUAAUCCAAACUAGAUGCCCUCAAUCUCACACAAAUUAUCAAGGAACCUACCAGGUACAACCCUAAAUCCAUAAACAUGAGCACCCUUAUAGAUAUCAUCCUGACUAACUUACCCUCUAAAUACACCUCCGCUGUCUUCAACCAGGAUCUCAGCGAUCACUGCCUUAUUGCCUGCGUCCGUAACGGGUCCGCGGUCAAACGACCACCCGUCAUCACUGUCAAACGCUCCCUAAAACACUUUAGCGAGCAGGCCUUCCUAAUUGACAUGGCCCAGGUUUCCUGGAUAGAUAUCGAUCUCAUUCCAUCAAUAGAGGAUGCCUGGUUGUUCUUUAAAAGUGCUUUCCUCUCAAUCUUAAAUAAGCAUGCCCCAUUCAAAAAAAUCAGAACUAAGAAAAGAUAUAGCCCCUGGUUCUCCUCAGACUUGACUGCCCUUGACCAGCACAAAAACAUCCUGUGGCGUACUGCAUUAGCAUCGAAUAGCCCCCGCGAUAUGCAACUUUUCAGGGAAGUUAGAAACCAAUAUACACAAGCAGUUAGGAAAGCAAAGGCUAGCUUUUUCAAACAGAAAUGUGCAUCCUGUAGCACUAACUCCAAAAGGUUUUGGGACACUGUAAAGUCCAUGAAGAAUAAGAGCACCUCCUCCCAGCUGCCCACUGCACUGAGGCUAGGAAACACUAUCACCACCGAUAAAUCUACAAUAAUCGAGAAUUUCAACAAGCAUUUUGCUACGGCUGGCCAUGCUUUCCACCUGGCUACCACUACCCCGGUCACCAGCUCUGCACCCUCUGCUGCAACUUGCCCAUGCCCCCCCCCCCCUCUUCUCCUUCACACAAAUUCAGACAGCUGAUGUUCUGAAAGAGCUGCAAAAUCUGGACCCCUACAAAUCAUCUGGGCUAGACAAUCUGGAUCCUUUCUUUCUAAAAUUAGCCGCCGAAAUUGUCACAACCCCUAUUACUAGCCUGUUCAACGUCUCUUUCGUAACGUCUGAGAUCCCCAGAGAUUGGAAAGCUGCCGCGGUCAUCCCCCUCUUCAAAGGGGGUGACACUCUAGAUCCAAACUGUUACAGACCUAUAUCCAUCCUGCCCUGCCUUUCGAAAGUUUUUGAAAGCCAAGUUAACAAACAGAUCACUGACCAUUUCGAGAUACACCGUACCUUCACCGCUAUGCAAUCCGGUUUCCGAGCUGGUCAUGGGUGCACCUCAAGCACGCUCAAGGUGCUAAACGAUAUUAUAACCGCAAUCGAUAAUAGACAGUACUGUGCAGCCGUCUUCAUCGACCUGGCCAAGGCUUUCGACUCUGUCAACCACCGCAUUCUUAUUGGCAGACUAAAUAGCCUUGGUUUCUCAAAUGACUGCCUCGCCUGGUUCACCAACUACUUCUCAACUAAAGUUCAAUGUGUCAAAUCAGAGGGCCUGUUGUCUGGACCUAUGGCAGUCUCUAUGGGGGUGCCACAGGGUUCAAUUCUUGGGCCGACUCUUUUCUCUGUGUAUAUCAAUGAUGUCGCUCUUGCUGCUGGUGAUUCUCAGAUCCACCUCUACGCAGACGACACCAUUUUGUAUACAUCUGACCCUUCAUUGGACACUGUGUUAACAAACCUCCAAACGAGCUUCAAUGCCAUACAACACUCCUUCCGUAGCCUCCAACUGCUCUUAAACACAAGUAAAACUAAAUGCAUGCUCUUCAAUCGAACGCUGCUGGCACCCGCCCACCCGACUAGAAUCACCACUCUCGACGGGUCUGACCUAGAGUAUGUGGGCAACUACAAAUACCUAGGUGUCUGGUUAGACUGUAAACUCUCCUUCCAGACUCACAUUAAGCAUCUCCAAUUCAAAGUUAAAUCUAGAAUCGGCUUCCUAUUUCGCAACAAAGCCUCCUUCACUCAUGCUGCCAAACAUGCCCUCGUAAAACUGACUAUCCUACCGAUCCUUGACUUUGGCGAUGUCAUUUACAAAAUAGCCUCCAACACUCUACUCAGCAAAUUGGAUGUAGUCUAUCACAGUGCCAUCCGUUUUGUCACCAAAGCCCCAUAUACUACCCACCACUGUGACCUGUACGCUCUUGUUGGCUGGUCCUCACUACAUAUUUGUCGCCAAACCCACUGGCUCCAGGUCAUCUAUAAAUCACUGCUAGGCAAAUCCCCGCCUUAUCUUAGCUCAUUGGUCACCAUAGCAACACCCACCCGUAGUCUGCGCUCCAGCAGGUAUAUCUCACUGGUCAUCCCCAAAGCCAACACCUCCUUUGGCCGCCAUUCCUUCCAGUUCUCUGCUGCCAAUGACUGGAACGAACUGCAAAAAUCUCUGAAGCUGGAGACUCUUAUCUCCCUCACUAACUUUAAGCAUCAGUUGUCAGAGCACCUUACCGAUCACUGCACCUGUACACAGCCCAUCUGAAAUUAGCCCACCCAACUACCUCAUCCCCAUAUUGUUAUUUAUUUUGCUAAUUUGCAUCCUAGUAUCUCUAUUUGCACAUAAUCUCUUGCACAUCUAUCAUUCCAGUUUUAAUACUAAUUGUAAUUAUUUUGCACUAUGGCCUAUUUAUUGCCUUACUUCCAUAACUUGCUACAUUUGCACACACUGUAUAUAUAUUUUCUGUUGUAUUUUUGACUCUAUGUUUGUUUUACCCCAUAUGUAACUCUGUGUUGUUGUUUUUAUCGCACUGCUUUGCUUUAUCUUGGCCAGGUCACAGUUGUAAAUGAGAACUUGUUCUUAACUGGCUUACCUGGUUAAAUAAAGGUUAAAUAAUCAUGAAUAAAUAAAAUAAACCUCUGAAAACUCCCAGUGAUAGAAAGAAACAGUCUGCUAGUGAUGAAGUGUAUGAGUUUGUGUGUGCGUGCAUACGUGCGUGCGUGUGCAUGUGUGCGUUCGUGGAUGUGUGUGUAAGUGAGAGAUAGCCUAGGUGUUGAUUCAGAGUCCUCCAGCCUGUAAGCAUGGUUGGCAUGGUUGGCAUGGCAGUCACAGAGUCACAGUCACAGAGUCACAGUCACAGAGGGACAGUCACAGAGGGACAGUCACAGAGUCACAGUCACAGAGUCACAGUCACAGAGGGACAGUCACAGAGGGACAGUCACAGAGGGACAGUCACAGAGUCACAGUCACAGAGUCACAGUCACAGAGGGACAGUCACAGAGGGACUGGCCUGGUGUCUUAUGGUGAUUACUCAUAGGGCAGAUUCUGAGUGGGGAACUGUUUCUCACACCUGAUCUGAGUUUUGAGUUUUGAGUGAGGACACAAGGCAAUAAAACACAAAUGUCUUCCAGUCAUAUGAGAGUGAUGUGAUUCUGUUUACCGGGUUGCUGUAGGUCACUGGGUUACUGUAGGUCACUGGGUUACUGUAGGUCACUGGGUUACUGUAGGUCACUGGGUUACUGUAGGUCACUGGGUUACUGUAGGUCACUGGGUUACUGUAGGUCACUGGGUUACUGUAGGUCACUGGGUUACUGUAGGUCACUGGGUUACUGUAGGUCACUGGGUUACUGUAGGUCACUGGGUUACUGUAGGUCACUGGGUUACUGUAGGUCAUGUGAAUGUGUUUGGAGUUAAGCCAAGUCAGGUUUAUUGGGUGUAGGUCUCUAACUGUACUGUAUGUCCCCCCCCCCCCCCUCCUACCUCCAUUCCUCCCCUACCUACCUCCCCCCUACCUCCCAACCUCAUUCCCUCCCUCCCCCCUCUCUCCACCCUACCUCCCAACCUCCUCCCCUCCCUCACUCCCCCCCUCCACUCUACCUCCCAACCUCCUCCCCUCCCUCCCUCCCCUCCCCCUCCCUCACCUCCCCUCCCCUCCCUCCCAGGUGACCAAGCGUGACGAGGACUCGUCGCUGAUGCAGCUAAAGGAGGAGUUCCGUACGUACGAGGCUCUGCGUCGCGAGCAUGACGCCCAGAUCGUACACAUCGCCAUGGAGGCGGGGCUCCGUAUCUCUCCUGAACAGUGGUCCUCUCUGCUCUAUGGAGACCUCAUCCACAAGUCACACAUGCAGUCUAUCAUCGAUAAGGUACACUGUCUGCCUCCACACCACUGUAUUACUGGCUUGUACUAAUCAAGAUGGACAAGAUCAAGAUCAACUCUGAUUUCUCACACAUACUAGUUCUCUUUAAGCUCAUUCAUUAACCCCCCCAUGCGUGCAUUACUAUGAGACAUACUGCAGCUAUUUUCUCACUGUAUAGUACAUUAAGCUGCUAUACUUGUACGGUGUCUUCAAGCAGCGGUCUUUAACCAUUUCUUGCCCAGGGACCACCGUCCCUGUCACGUUCGUUGAAUGACGGGUCAGACCAAGGCGCAGCGUGAUAUGCGUACAUGUUUAUUAAACUUUAAACACACGACAAAACAACAAAGGAAACGAAACGUGAAGUCCAAGGUAGAACACACAACAUACCUUACAAGGAACAAGAUCCCACAACUAGACAGUGCCAAUAGGCUGCCUAAGUAUGGUCCCCAAUCAGAGACAACGAGCGACAGCUGCCUCUGAUUGGGAACCACACCGGCCAACAUAGAUCCACACAUACUAGAUCGACAACAUAGAAAAAGCACAACAAGGAAAUAUACACACCCUGACUCAACAUAUAAGCGUCCCCUGAGUGAGGGCGUGACAGUCCCAGGCAAAGUGGCGACCUAGGGACCCCCAUCAUACGUUAGGACCACUGUCCCAGGCAAAGUGGCGACCUAGGGACGCCCAUCAUACGUUAGGACCACUGUCCCAGGCAAAGUGGCGACCUAGGGACCCCCAUCAUACGUUAGGACCACUGUCCCAGGCAAAGUGGCGACCUAGGGACCCCCAUCAUACGUUAGCAAAAACUCAUGUAUCACGUCUUGUCUUAUCAUCAGGUGAAUGAUAAUGGCAAGGAGAAGUAAUCAACAUUUUUUAAUGAAUAGAUUUGGUAGAUAGUUUUUCAUUACUUUGACCUCCCCACAUAAUAAUUGGAAGAGGAAGUGUAGGUCCAAACUCUAGCCCAUUAGCUAGAAAGGUAACUCCAAACACAUUUUCACUAAGAGCAGCUGUUUAGCUGGUUAAACAAAGGUUAGCCAUGUGUUGGCAAAAAUGAAUGUCCAAGUCAAGAAUGCUAACCAGCAGCCAGCGGCACAUGCUGCACUGGUAGCCUAUUAGCAGGUGCUUUUUCAAAGCCUAUGUCAGAUACUCCAGUAAGUGUAAUUGACUCCAAUGAGUGUAAUUUGCUCAAUAUUAGGAGUUGAGAAAUAAAGUUGACAUCAUUAGAAAUAAGAUAUUCUCCUCUUUUCUAAUGUAGGUGGUAUGUCAUAAACAUUUUGUUUAUUCUGUUGUUGCUAGCGAUAUUCAUAAAAGCAUUGAAAUAAAACAUUUAUUUUUGUCACUUGUAUUUUUAUUUUAGAAAAUAUUUUAAUGGAUCUCCUGCAGUACCUCCGCAGACCCCUGGUUGAAUACCCUUAGUGUAGAACCAGUACCACCAUAUUAAAUGACUCGUAAUUGAGUUGUUAUGUGUUUCUUCACUAACUUUCUUUUGUCUGAUGGUCACUCCCCCAGCUCCAGUCCCCAGAGUCCUUUGCAAAGAGUGUCCAGGAGCUGACGAUAGUUCUACAGAGAACAGGAGACCCGGCCAACCUGAACAGCCUCAGACCACACCUGAAACUACUGGCCAACAUCGACCACAACCCAGGUAGACACAGUACAGAUCAACCCACACCUUUCAGCCCAGGGCCUGGGGAACCCAGCAGCUUCUCCAUGCAGCUCCCUUGAGGUUUAGAACAGGGUUUCCCAAACUCGGUCCUGGGGGCCCCCCUGGGUGCACGUUUUGGUUUUUGCCCUAGCACUACACAGCUGAUUCAAAUAACCAAAGCUUGAUGAUGAGUUGGUUAUUUGAAUCAGCUGUGUAGUGCUAGGGCAAGAACCAAAACGUGUACCCAGGGGGGGCCCCCAGGACCGAGUUUGGGAAACCCUGGUUUAGACCAUCAACAAUUAUAGUACUGGACAGAAGAGGUAAUAUGAUAAUACAUCAUUGAUGCAUUUUCACUUAGUGGGUGGAAAGCCGCCAGCAGUGCAUCCACUGUGACUCACUGGACUUGUUAAGAAAUGGACAGACCGGGGCAGUGAGACAGGUGGACAGACCGGGGCAGUGAGACAGGUGGACAGACCGGGGCAGUGAGACAGGUGGACAGACCGGGGCAGUGAGACAGGUGGACAGACCGGGGCAGUGAGACAGGUGGACAGACCGGGGCAGUGAGACAGGUGGACAGACCGGGGCAGUGAGACAGGUGGACAGACCGGGGCAGUGAGACAGGUGGACAGACCGGGGCAGUGAGACAGGUGGACAGACCGGGGCAGUGAGACAGGUGUAGGUAUCUGUGGUAUAUGUUUGUGGGUUUUGUGGGUUUGUUUAGAAGCUGCAGACACUAUGACCCUAUAAUAUUGUUUAGAAACAAGACGGGGGGAUGUUGAUGUAUGUAUGCACUCACUAACUGUAAGUCGCUCUGGAUAAGAGCGUCUGCUAAAUGACUAAAAUGAGACGGGGAUGUUGAAAUCGGAUGUGUGUUUUGGUAUGUGUAGAUGCGGCAGCUCCGUCGUGGGAGGAGCUGGAGAGUGUGAUGCUGGCGGUGAAGGUGGUAGUCCAUGGUCUGGUGGAGUUUAUACACAACUUCAGUAAGAAGAACCACGAGACACCACAGGUACUGGACCGGACAUCACACGCACACACACACACACACACACACACACACACACACACACCCACACACACACACACACACACACACACACACACACACACACACACACACACACACACACACGCAUGUAUGAACAAACACACGCACGUACACACAUGCACAUAAGUACGCACACACACACACACGCACGUACGCACAAACACACAUGCACACAUACACGCACACGCACGUAUGAACACACACACGCACGUACGUACGUACGCACACACACACACACACGUACGUACGCACAAACACACACGCGCACACACGCACGUAUGAACACACACGCACGUACGUACGCACACACACACACACGCACUUAUGAACACACACACACACGUACGCACACACACACACGUACGUACGCACACACACACGCACACACACGCACACACAUGCAUGCACGCAUGCGUGCAAAAUCGCACACGCACAUACACACGUGCAAACGUAAUACACCUGUUAAAUGUACAACAGAGACAAUGUAAGAGACAUUGAUAUGUCCCUUCAACAAGCACAGUGUUUUCGCUAUUGUCAGUAACAUUGUGUGUUGUCUGUCUCCUCUCCAUGCAGCCACAGGCCAACAGCAAGUAUAAGACCAGUAUGUGUCGAGACCUCCGGCAGCAGGGGGGCUGUCCCCGAGGAUCCAACUGCACCUUCGCACACACACAGGACGAGCUAGAGACGUGAGGGAGAACACCACCACACUGUGAUACACAGACCUCAAUAUACAGUUUUUAUCAAAGCUUUUCUGUGAACAAAAUCUUAAACGACCUACCCUUUCUUAUUCUCUCUCUUUUUCUCUCUUUUUCUAUUUCUCUCUCUCUCUCUCUCUCUCUGUUCCCCCCUCUCUCACUCUCUGUUCCCCCCUCUCUCCACACUAUCCCUCUCUCCACCCUCUCCCUCUCUCCACCCUCUCCCUCCCCCUUUCAAGGAACAGAAUGAGAAACAAGAAGAUCAGUGGCGUGGGCCGGCCCUACCCCCUGGCCCAAGGGAGUAUGGGUAGUGGUCUGAGUAUGGAGGGGGAUGACUCAGGAGAGGAGGCUUGCACUGGGGGACUGAAGGGCUCAGACAAGGGGGGGUCAGGGUCCCUAACGGAGGUGGCCACACACCCCCAGCUCAUCCCCAGGGGAGGGGAUAUGAUGGAGAAUAUGAAGAGGGAGAGGUCUGUUCCCAACGGAUCCAACGGACUCACAGGCUCCAGACGCUCCUCAUCUGGCUCUAUGGAACAGUAAGUAAUCCUCUGUCACAUUAGUCUUGUUCUACUGUAAUGCUUUAUGCUAUCAUUACAGUAGCAUGGCAUUACUUUCACCUAGUGACUGUGGUUUCACAUACUGUCACGUACUGUAUAUUCUUAUUAUUCAUGAUGAUGACUCAUCACUGAUGAGUAUGAAACGUUCAGGCUGAAAGUGGGAUGAUUCAGCUGUCUUUAAUGUGUCAUCAUGAACAAUGAGACAUGGUGUUGUCUCUCUAGACUGACAUCCUUUCUCUGUUUCUCUCUGUCUCUCUCUGUGUCUCUUGCUGUCUCUGUGUCUCGCUCUCUCUCUCGCUCUCUCUCUGUCGCUCUCUCUCUCUCUGUGUCUCUCUCUGUCUCUCUCUGUGUCUCUCUGUGUCUCUCUCUAUGUCUCUCUCUGUCUCUCUCUCUCUCUCCUCUCUGUCCUCCUCCUCUCUCUCUCCUCCUUCUCCGCCCUCUCCUCCCCUUUCGCUUGGCGGUCUCUGGCCGGCCCCUGCCCUUUUGGUCCCCUUUUGGUUCCUCCCUGGCUCUCCUGGCUCGGGCUCGGCCCCGGGUCUGGCCCUGGUCCCCGUGUCCGGCGGUUGAUGGGGUAUUUUCGGGGGCCCGUUUUCCCUCCCUCUUCCGCCUCCCCUCCGCUCUCCUCGUUAUUUUUUCUUCAAAUCUCCCAACAUCUUCUCUCAUGGGCUUUUCUUGCUUUGCCCACAUGUAAUUGUUAAAGCUUUUUCGGGUGGAAACUAUUUUACGGUAGGGAAUCUAGCGGGGGUUUGCAGAAUGAAGGGUCAAAAAGGGUUCCUUUCAGGUGGGGGGGGUUUGCUGGGUUGGUGUGUUCUCUUUGUUUUUGGGGGGUUUUGGGGCUUUGUCGGACACUUUUUGGGGUCCCUGCCCUUUUCCUCUCUGCGGUUCUGAAUUGAAUUCGUUUUUUCUUUCGGGUUUCGGUUCUUGGUCUCUCUCUCCCUCUCGCUCUUCUCUCCUCUCUCUCUCUCUCCUCUCUCUCCUCUCUCUUGCUCAUCUCUCUCUCUCUCUCUUCCCCUCUCCUCUCUCUGUCGCUCUCUCUCUCUAUCAGGAAGUCUAUUUCUCCUCCAAAGACACCCGUAAAUCACUCCUCAGCUCCUUCUCCCUAUGGCCCAGGGUCUAGACUAGAGUGUGACUCUGCACACCCCAAACAGGCCCACUACCUAAUGAUAAGACCCCCGCAUCAGCCCCUUCCCCACCAACCUCAGUCCUCUGAACUGUGCUACCAGGAACCCCGACCUCCCUACGACGCGCAGCCCUACCAGCCAGCCAGUGAGUACAGCCAUCUCAGAGACAGGUGACGGGUGUCUGUCAGACCUGGGUUCAAAUAGCAUUUUAUUUCUUUCAAAUACGUUAGCGUUUGAUUGAGCAUCCCUGAGUGCCAGAGGGGCGGGGUCUGCACAGACUAUUCCAUUGGUUCCAUUGCACCAGACAAGUAUAAUCAAUUGCAGCUAAAGUAUUUUAAAGAAAACAAAUUCCAUUGAAUCCAGGUCUGUCCGAUUCACUCUAUUCAAUCUUUCAUCAUUUAAAUACGGUAUUUUGUAGACUCACUGAUGUCCUUUGUCCCUCCCUGCUCCUUUAGGUAACUACUACCCUUCUGCGAUACACCACCACAAACCCUGCGUGGCUCGCUUCCUCCGUUCCAGCCACGUCCCAGAGUCCUCUCUGCCCCCAUCCAUGGCCCCUCCGUACUCAGAGCAGCACCCCUCCUUGCCCCCACCACGGGAACAUGCUGGUCCCUCUCCCUACGGUCCGCCACAGGUCCCCCAGUACGGGCCCCUGGCCCCGGCCCACGGUGGCUACGCUCCCCUGUAUGACAGCCGGCGUAUGUGGAGGCCCCAGCUGUACCACAGAGAGGACGCCAGGAGUAACUCGCUGCCUCCCGAGGUGCUGCACUCCUCUCUGUACCAGCCCCCCCUCCCAAGGUGUCCCAAGCCCCUAUGCCAGGGGGGACAUAGGCCCCCUUUGAAACAUUAG